AUGCAGUGCUUCACCCCUGAGGAGUGGCAGCAGCAGCAGCAGCAGCAGCAGCAGCAGCAGCAGGAGCCGCAGCAGCAGCAGCAGCAGCAGGAGCCGCAGCAGCAGCAGCAGCCCUUCUCUCUGUUGCAGCUGCAGCAGAAGCUGAAGCAGCAGCUGCAGCAGCAGCAGCAGCAGAAGCUGAAGCAGCAGCUGCAGCAGCAGCAGAAGCUGAAGCAGCAGCUGCAGCAGCAGCUGCAGCAGAAGCUGAAGCAGCAGCUGCAGCAGCAGCUGCAGCAGAAGCUGAAGCAGCAGCUGCAGCAGAAGCUGAAGCAGCAGAAGCUGAAGCAGCAGCUGCAGCAGCAGCAGAAGCUGAAGCAGCAGCUGCAGCAGCAGCUGCAGCAGCAGCUGCAGCAGAAGCUGAAGCAGCAGCUGCAGCAGCAGCUGCAGCAGAAGCUGCAGCAGCAGCUGCAGCAGAAGCUGAAGCAGCAGCUGCAGCAGCAGUAG